AUGUGGAAGUGGCCGACAAGUUUACUAGUUUCGUUUCCCAAAUCUAUUCGCUGCACCUCAACUACUGCAGAAUCGGCUCCACGUUUAAAAACUUUCUCCAUUUACAGAUGGAAUCCAGAUCGACCUGGUGAAAAACCUUCAAUGCAAAACUAUCAGGUUGAUCUCAAUAACUGUGGCCCUAUGGUUUUGGAUGCUUUAAUAAAGAUAAAAAAUGAACAAGAUCCCACUUUAACAUUUCGACGUUCUUGUCGUGAAGGCAUAUGUGGUUCAUGUGCAAUGAAUAUCGGAGGUCGUAAUCAUCUUGCUUGUAUCUGGGAAAUCGAUACGGAUGUUAGCAAAACAACUAAAAUAUACCCAUUACCUCAUAUGUAUGUUAUAAAAGAUUUAAUUCCAGACAUGAGUAACUUUUACGCUCAAUACCGCUUUAUUGAACCUUAUUUGAAAAAGAAAAAUGUUACCGAAGAAGACAUUGGAAAGAAAACAUAUUAUCAGUCAGCUGAAGAUAGAGCUAAGUUAGACGGACUGUAUGAGUGUAUAUUAUGUGCAUGCUGUUCAACGUCAUGCCCAUCUUAUUGGUGGAAUGGGGACAAGUAUUUAGGUCCUGCGGUUCUCCUCCAGGCUUAUAGAUGGUUAGCUGAUUCACGUGAUGACUACACAUACGAACGUUUGGCUGAAUUUCAGAAUAAAUGGUCAGUUUAUCGUUGCCACACUAUAAUGAAUUGUACAGAAACUUGUCCAAAAGGGUUGAAUCCAGGUUUGGCUAUUGCAGAAAUCAAGAAGAUGCUGAUCUAUUUUAAUCAGUACAAGGACAAAAAACCGGAGACAAGAACUGUGUAA